CCACCCAUCAAACCCUAACACCAAAACUCGAGUCGACCAGCUCGCUCCUACUUAAACAACAACUCAAACCCACCAUGAACCACCAACAACAUCAAACAGAACUCCCUCAACCCAUCCUACUCCUCCAUCUCUACCAACAACACCUGAAUCAAGCCAGACAACUCACACCCAGACUGACCAUCAGACCGAGCUGGCAAACUAAACAACUAGGCAAACUACACUACCAACACCCAGAAGAACAACAACAACAUCAACAACUCAGCUCAACCAUCUCAGACUACCGAAAACACAUCUCCAUUGCCAUCGCCUGUCUCAGAGCCAUCCUCACUCUCACCGAACAACCAACAACAACAAACCAACCACCCAUCCCAAUCGAACUCAACCUCUUCGUCUCCUCUCAACUGGCCCAGAUCCUCAUCUCAGAAACCCAAGAGUACCAACUAGCCAACCAGAUCAUCCAGCAUGCACUCAAUCUAUCCCGCCAGAGGGACUCACUCACCCCCUUCAAACUCUCACUCUCUCAAUCUCUCAUCUCCAUCCUCAUCGCUGACCCCAAAACACCCUUCAGACAGAUCAAGAAACAGAUCGAACGAGCCAUCCAACUCACACUCAAAAAUCAGACAGUCGAUCCACGAUUCGUUGGCUGGUACUACCGAUUCCAACUCCUGCUCUGCCAGCUAUCCUACGAACGCGCCAAAGAUUACCCGGUCGCAUUAGCCGCAUUACGGAGCAUGAUCAGUCUCGCCGAAUCGAGGAAUGAUGGCGAACUAUGGGUUGCCUGUAAGACCUACGAGAUCAAGCUGGCCAUGGAUCGACACGAAUGGGCAUUGGUCGGUCAGCUGUUUGGCUCGAUGCUCCCACUCAUCGACAAACUACCCAUCCAAGAACAAGCCAUCCCUCCACAACAACAACAACAACAAUCAUCAUCAUCAUCACCUCUGCUUGCUCCUCCUACCCCUCAUCAUCUGAUCUCCAUCGGCCAACAGUUGAAACACUAUAUCAUCCUCCUCUUAGUCGUCUAUCAUUCGACGAUCGGACAGACUGAGACGGCUAAAUGGUGGCUCAAACAUCUCCGAACACAGAUGGACUCUCCGGAGCGUGAGGAGGGGGAAGCCGAAGGGACUUACAAGAUCUAUCUACAAGCCCCUUCAUCUCAUCGUCCACCGGCUCGACCCUCAUCCACCAAUACCAGCUUCAUCGGAUCCUCAUCAACCACUCCGCGCAAGAGACUCUUCGACGAUCAUCCGAAGUCUCCAAAGUUACCGAAUCCCAGCGAGACUUGGAGGCCUUCUGAGCCCGCCUCGCCAGGCUCUCAGUACCUCCUCGUCUCGAUCAUGCCUAGAGAACUCAUGUAUACUCUGACCUAUCUCGUCAGUCUUGCUGUCCAUUUCGAUGGCCAUGGAAAAUCACCGAAAUCAUUGAUUUAUGCACAAGAAGGACUCAAACAAGUCGACCGACAAUUGAUCCUCGGAUUCCAAUACCUUACCCAUCUCCACCACCCGCUCCAAACAAACCAUGCAUGUCCUGUCCUUCUGGGCUAUCUGCCUUCGAUCCUUAACUCGUUCCAGGAUCAUCUCAAACUCUUGUUGGAUAUCAAAAUCGAGAUCAAUCUGUUGCUCACACAGAUCUCGAUCGUUCGUUCUGAUUUCUUGCUGGCUGAUCAGCUUUUAGUGGAGAUGAUCAAGACGGUUUGUGAGAGCUCUCGCUGGGAAACCUACCGUCCGCGGAUCGCGUUUCUCAAGAGCAUGCUUUCGCAUGCGACUGGCAAUUUACCAUCUGCGCGACAAUCGUUACUGACGACGUUAUUCCUAGCGACCCAGCACUCAAAAGCCUUGCAUCCGUCUCCGGUAGGCCAGGUGGGAUACAUGACCGAUUUGAGCACGUUAGGCAAGACCUGUUACGUGUUGCUGAGGCUGGCCGAGCAGACCGACGAUCGAUCACUCCCUCCUCCUUCUUCUUCGGGUUCUACUACCCUCUUUAAUCCCGAGAAUCUACUCGCCCACCCCACCAAUGACUUCUCUAGAUCCUUCGCCGUCGAUCGCAUCAUCGCCGAGUUGGCCUCAACCCUCAAACUCGCCCUCCCUCACCUUUCCAUGGCUAUUCAUGUCGUCUUGGCUAUCAGUUGUGGAGAAAUCGUGAAGGCCAAACAUCAUCUAACGAGUGCAUUAAAUGAAGCAAACAAGACCUCGAACACGCAUCUCAAGAUGAUCUUGUUAGGCUUGUUGUCGACGAUGUUCUUGAAUACCCGGAGCGACCAAGCCACGAAGAUGUUGAAAUCGUGUUACAAGCUCUCCCAAGGCUUUGUCUCCAACCAUCUUCUUCUUCUCCCUCAUCAACAACAACAACAACAACCACAAGGAGUGGGCCCGCUUCAGUCUCGACCCGGGUUCGAGAACUUGCAACUCAUUCCGCAGCAACAGCAACAACAACAGGUGGUCGUUGGGAACUCUAGUCUGGGGUUAUGUGUGGGUAGGAAACUGGUCGAGAUCUAUGAAUCGCAAGCAUCUGGCGUCGGAUGUGCAGCAGAAGAGGACGAAAACGGGGCUCCAGAAGCCCCAGAAACUGGCGCAGUAAAACAGACUGUCGAUGGCGGCAAGACUCCGGAUCGGGGGGCCCAGCAGAGCAAGAAGGAUAGACUCGUUUGGGCUAACCAUUUGCAUCAACAGAUCCUCAACCAAACCCCUCUCCUCUAACCUUCUUUCUUCUUAUCUUCUGCCAGAUGGACUAGGACUCUGGUCUUCGAAACUCAAACCACUCCUCGGCUCCAAACCCUUCUCGUCAUUCACCAUUAUCCUAGGGUCUCUGAAUCCCAUUUCUCAUCUUCCCUGGCCUUCUUUUCCCGGCUUUUUUUGUUUUUGAAGGACGGCUCUUAUGAACUUGCAGAUCAUCUGAUCUAUGUCCGAUCGUUCCACUCCCCCUUGCCCAGCAUCUUUCUUUUCUCUUUGUGUGUCUGUUUAUUCCAGGCAAGAUCUACGUGCAUGAAUGUUUUUUUUUUGCUCCUUUUUUUUCCAUGUCUGUGUAUGCAUGUAUCUUUAGUUCACCACGAACUUUGCUCUUACGUUGUUUCUUUUCUUAUAGGUGGUACAUAGUGGCCGGGUGGGGACACCAAUAUUAACACAGUCACCCAUGGUGAUGGACAGGCCCCCGACAGAAUAAGUGUGC